ACUGUAUUAAAUAGUGCUCAAGAAUUAAGAAUACUUUGAUAUUGAUAUUGAUCGCUGGACUACCCAGCAAACGAAGUUCUUCGAGUCCGGACCUAAUUCAAAUUACAAAAAACUCACUUGUGUUUUGUGCUGUUGCUGAAGAAAUUAAAUCAAGCGUUUUUCAAUUUCUCCCCACUUAUCUACCCCUCGUCGCGCUCUUAAAUCUUCACUCCAAUAAUUCUACAUUCUCUCAGGAUGGACGAAGAGGAAAUUGAGAAAGUCGUGUUGGCGUAUUUAAAAAAGAAGGGGUUAAAGCAGACCGAGCUUGCGUUUCAAGAGGAACAGCAACAAGUCAAAAACAAUGCUGACCCUGAUGUUUCCAAACAAGUUAUUUCGCUCACAGAGCCCGACAAUGUUCCUGAACAGUAUGAAGAUGGAUACUGCAAGCUAAGGGCAUGGACUUAUAGUUCGUUGGAUCUAUAUAAGCAUGAGUUGCUUCGUAUCCUGUAUCCUGUUUUUGUCCAUUGCUUCAUGGAUCUUGUGGCGAAGGGUCAUAUUCAAGAAGCUCGGGCCUUCUUUAAUAAAUUCCGCGAGGAUCAUGAAAUGAUGCAUCUACGUGACCUCCAAAAGUUGGAAGGCGUUCUGUCACCUUCUCAUCUGGAGGAGAUGGAAUUUGCUCAUUCUUUGAGGCAGAGUAAAGUGAACAUAAAGAUAUGUCAGUACUCUUACGAUCUGAUGAUGCAAUAUCUACACAAGUCACAAUCCAUUACUAUGCUUGGAAUUAUAAAUGAGCAUAUCAACUUCCAAGUAUCUCCUGGACAGCCAAUCUCGCUAUCUGAUGAUACUGAAGUUGUCACGCUAGUUGGAAGUGGCCAAGAUACUGCUAAUCUAAUAAACCAGAAAGAAAUACAUUGGGGUUUGCUUGAGGAUUCUGUAGAAGAACGAUUGGAAAAGACUCUGCUUUCUGAUACAGAAAAGGCAGAAGGAGAAACAAAAGAAGGGGAAUCCGAAGAGAAUAAGAAAAGGUCAAUUGAGGGAGGAAAGCAAGGUACAUCUCUUAAAAAACUGAAAAAAGACAAAGUCGUCAGUGCAGCAGCAAAAGCUGCCAAGACUGAGGGAAAUGUGUCUGCCGCUCCACGUGUCAAACCAGAGCUUUCUUUGCCAGUGAUACCAACAGAGGUGGAAUAUUCUAUUCUUGAUGACCUAAGGAAUCGUGUACAGUUGAGCAAUGUAGCCUUGCCUUCAGUCAGUUUCUAUACAUUUCUCAACACUCAUAACGGGUUGAACUGUUCAGCAAUAUCACAUGAUGGAUCAUUGCUUGCUGGCGGAUUUUCAGAUUCGUCACUGAAGGUGUGGGACAUGGCACUUCUUGGGCAGCAAACUGACAAUUCUAUUUUGCCAGAGGAAAACGAGUCAGCUCGUAGUGCGGCUGGAACAAAUUCUGGGAAAAGAUCGUAUACACUAUAUCGGGGUCAUUCCGGUCCCGUAUAUUCUGCUGCAUUUAGUCCUUUUGGGGAUUUCCUCCUGUCAUCUUCAUCAGAUUCAACAAUUCGGUUGUGGAGCACCAAGUUAAAUGCAAAUCUUGUUUGCUACAAGGGUCAUAAUUACCCAGUAUGGGAUGUCAAGUUUAGUCCUGCAGGACAUUAUUUUGCUAGUGCCUCGCAUGAUCGAACUGCAAGAAUUUGGUCAAUGGACAGAAUACAGCCUCUUAGAAUCAUGGCAGGGCACUUGUCUGAUGUUGAUUGUGUGCAAUGGCAUGCGAAUUGCAACUACAUUGCAACCGGAUCAAGCGAUAAGACUGUUCGCUUAUGGGAUGUACAGAAUGGAGAGUGUGUCAGGAUUUUCAUUGGCCAUAGGAGUAUGAUCUUAUCUUUGGCAAUGUCACCUGAUGGUCGAUAUAUGGCAUCUGGGGAUGAAGAUGGAACCAUUAUGAUGUGGGAUUUGUCUAGCGGUCGUUGUGUUACUCCAUUAGUCGGUCAUUCUACCUGUGUAUGGACACUUGAUUACAGUUGUGAGGGUUCACUUCUUGCAUCCGGUUCUGCUGAUUGCACUGUAAAACUCUGGGAUGUGACGUCGAGUACAGCAAGGGUGCCAAAAUCAGAAGAGAACAAAACCGGAAGUACUACAAACAGGCUUAGAUCCCUCAAGACCCUGCCUACGAAAUCUACACCAGUCCAUGCAUUGAAGUUUUCUCGAAGAAAUCUCCUCUUUGCUGCUGGACCUAUAUCUGCAAAUGGGUCAACUUAUUGAUCUAGUUGAGACGUGAAGUACCUGCAAAUUUUCGGAUAUGAAUGGUUUCUGUUUGGGAUAUGGCAACUCUAUAGUGGUAUCUAGACUUGCAAAACUCUGAAGAAUAUCUGUUAAUGUACAUGGAUUUAGGCGAUGUCAAACAGGUCGCUGGAUUUGUAUCUGGUUGUCCUAAAUCUGUAUCCAUUUAAUUUUAUUGGAUUCCGAUUCGGGAAAUUGUAGAUAUCUUCAAGUUUAAGUUAAAUUUAUUUAUUGAAAAUGUUGGAGAUGUUCUUAUGUA